AUGACUUAUAUCAUUAAUAUUCCUGCACCAACUACAGCAUUUGAUCCAAACUCGACGGUUUGCAGUGUACCUUUCAUAAAGGACAGUUCAUUAAUUACUUUAAGGGAUUCGACAGUAAAUGAAUCAUUAAAGGCGUCAUUAAUGAAAAUCAUUGAUUUUAACUCAUUCAUGAAUACAUAUAAUUCAUUCAUUAAUGUUUCAUAUGCUUCUAAAGAAGGUGAGCCAAAAACUAUUGAUAAAGCGGUGUAUGAAAUAAAAGCAUCAACGACGAAAUUGAAUUCGUUAACUUUUGACGGUGAUAGUUUCGUUAAUGACAUAACAUCGGGGAAAACAAUUUUAACGAAAGAAUAUUUAAAAUCUCAUGUUAGUGAGUUCGUUGAAAUUGAAAAAGAAGGCGGAAUUAAGUUCGAUCCACUGAAUUUCAUUUUCAGCUUAGCGAAUGCAGGUAUUAAUUUUGCUGAAUGGACAACAAUACAGAGUGAAAUAAACGCAAUAUGGACGUUUUUGGGGUCAAAAGCGGGAAUGGGUGAGCUUGUAAAUGCUGCAAGAACAUUAGGUGAAACAGGAAAUUUUGUAGAUGGUUUUAAAAGACUUGUUUCAAAUGUUUUAACAAACACAAAGAAAUUAUUUAGAUAUACCGUACAUAACGGACGGAUUUUCGAACAGGUAGCAACAAACCCUCCGGUUAUGGCUGCGUUGAUGAUGGUUAGAGAUAUAAAACCACGUAACGACGGGAACGAAGAACAUGAACAACAGAGCCCAACGGGCUCAGAGCCACAUAGUGGCGAGGAUACUGGUCGGGUUAUUCAAGACAUUAAAAACGUGUAUCCUGAAGUUAUUGAUUUAUUUAGAGGAGUUAAUGAUUCAAUUUCAAAACAUUCUAUAACCCUCGAUGAAGAGAAUAAAUUAACAGAUUAUAUAUUCGUCAUUAUUGCAGAAUUAAUGAAGAGAAUAAAUGAAAAAGGAAUUGGUGAUAUCAUUAAUGUCAGCGAUGUAAUGAUGAAAAGAAAUUUUGACUCAUUAUUUACAAAACCGAAAACAGAAUAUAGUCUUUAUGACGUAAUUACCGAAUUAAUGAAAAAGAUUAAUGAUAAUAAGAGUUCUGGCGGAAGAGUUGAAUUAGAAGUGAAUGAUGUUAAUGAGAAAUUAGCCGAAAAAGCAGAUAAAAACCAC